ACACAAUUCUUCAUCUCUCACACACACGAUAGAAUAGAGUAUCUCCAUUCUACCAAAAAAGAAAGAAUAGAGUGAGUAUCUCCGAAACCCUAGUAUGGACGUCACCCCAGAUAGGCGAAAGAGAGUUCGACAUUCCGAAGGUGACUGCGAUGACCACCGCCAUCAUCGAUCUGACAGGAAUGCCAAACGCGACCGCAAAACCAGGGACGAAAGAGAGGGUACCAAAUUGAAGAAGCGCGAUCAAGAGAUAGAAGAUGAUUUCGAAAACGGUGGUGUUGCUAUGAGAUCACCACCUGCUGCUGCGGUGUCUCCUCCUCCUUCCUUUCCUAUUAAGAUUCAAUUGCUGGAAGCCUCUCUAUUCAUGCCUUAGCUAAGGCAAAGAAGGUUUUACAAAUGCAAAAAGACUUGUCGGAGAAGCUCAACAGAAUUCCUCCUCCAGCUACUACUGGUGUCACAACUAAGGCUGCUCAUGUUCUUCGUCUUGACGCCCAUGGACGGGAAAUAGAUCAACAUGGGAAUGUUGUUGUUAAUGUAACUAAGCCAACCAACCUCAGCACAUUAAAGGUCAACAUUAAUAAACACAAGAUAGAUGAUGCAUUAUUUGAUUCUAACCCUCAUUUUGACGACAGUAUUGGCAUCAACAAAACAAAGCUCAUGCGCCCCAAGAGGACGAAUUUUCUGUUUGUCGAAGAAGGAAAAUGGUCAAAACAUGCUGAAUCAAUAAAGUUGAAGAGUAAAUUUGGAGAAGCUCAAGCAAAAGAGCACAAGGCCAAACAAGCACAGCUAGCAAAGGCAAAACCUGCUUCUGAUAUAAAUCCCAACUUAAUAGAAAUUACAGAGAGAGAUGUAAUGAAAGAAAAGCUGAAGGAUCCGAUUCCAGAAGUUGAGUGGUGGGACGUGGCACUUUUGCAUUCUGGAAAUUACGGUGACAUAGACCAAGAUAAACUGAAAAUGGAAAAAAUCACCUUUUAUGUGGAGCACGUUCGUCCGAUUGAACCACCUGUUCACCUUGCCCCUCCACCACCUCAACCUCUCAAGCUAACCAAACAGGAGCAAAAGAAACUUAAGUCCCAAAGGCGGAUAGCUAAGGAAAAGGAGCGACAAGAGAUGAUUAGACAGGGUGUCAUAGAACCGCCAAAACCAAAGUUGAAGAUGAACAAUUUAAUGAAAGUGCUAGGGGCCGAAGCAACUCAAGAUCCCACUCGGCUUGAGAAGGAAGUACGUAAUGCAGCUGCUGAGCGUGAGCAGGCUCACAUAGAUAGGAAUAUCGCACGCAAGCUUACUCCUGCCGAGAAGCGUGAGAAGAAGAAAAGGAAGCUGUUUGAUGACUCAAAUACACCGGAUAGACUUGUGGCAAUUUACAGGAUUGACGACCUCUCUCAUCCACAGACUCGCAUUAAAAUUGAUCGGACUGCUCAAUAUAAUGAGUUGACCGGAUGUGCUGUGAUUUAUGAUGGUAUUAGCGUUGUCGUGGUUGAAGGUAAAACCAAGACAAUUAAGAGGUAUGGAAAACUAAUGCUCAGACGUAUCAAUUCCGAAGAUUCAAAUGAUGACAAGCCUGCCAACAAGUGUGUUCUGGUGUGGCAAGGAAAUGUUGUCAAACAAAACUUCAAUAAAUUCAGUGUUCAGGCUUGCAUCACUGAAGCAGCUGCUCGAAAAGUGUUUGUGAAUGCUGGGGUUCCUCAUUAUUGGGACCAUGCUGUUAACUAUAAAGAUGGCGGUGCUGCUUGAAUUGUCUUCUAAUGUUUUUGGUCAAUAUUAUUAGCAUGGUUAGCCAGUCCGACUUAUUGUAAUUUUGCACAGAUUUUUUUUUAAUAUAAAAACUAACCUGAUAAUAACUGAUUUGAAUAAAUGAUUAAUCUAUAGAUAUCAGAUCCUUUUUUAUGUAUUAUCUUUUAUAUUAGGGAGUAAUAGGGUUGCUCAUUGUAUAAUUGUGAACGUCGUACUUGAUCUUCCUAACAAAAUCAGAGAGUACUCUUUGACUGCCUGUAGACGGUCCGGUGACAUGGACCAAACAACCUAAAUCUAUCUAGUUCUUCAUUUUUUCCAUUUGAUCUAUUGCAUGAUUUAUUCUUGUCUGUUAUGUGUAUGUUUCAUUUGUAACUUAAUAUUCUUGUGUAACAACAUGCAGAUACAAAAGAAAAAGAUAUGAGAAUUGUGCAGCCUCAUCCUAAGACAGAUGUUUCUUGUACUUCGAUGCUAGGUGAGCACGUCAUGUGUACAUAUGUAGGUUCAGUGGCAUGCGACUCUUUGCAGAAUGCAAAUAUCUCCGGACCAACACUCAAUUUCUCAACUUCUUAUUAACGAAGAGAAAACAAAAAGAGAGCCUACACAGAUACCAUACUUGAACAAUAAGAGGUAACUUAAACAACUACAUAAAACAUAAAUAAAUAAAACAUCACAAAAUCUUCAGGUUUAUCUCUUUCUUUUUCCCUUUUCUUUUAAUUGAAAUUAUACUUUACCCCUCAAUAUAUGUUUUUUGGUGCAUUUUAUCCAAUUUCAAUAUGAAAUAUUAAUUCUGUACCAAACUAUGAAACUAUUGUGGUUUGAGUUGAGUGUCAAGUUGUUUGGGUCUGUAAAGCAUAUAUAUAUAUAGGGCCUGUUUAGUUAGAUAAACAACUUAAUAUUAGUGCUUAUGUAUAAAUCUUAAUGAUUUAUACUGAAGUGGUCUACAUAGGGACUUCACAGUUCCCAAUAGUGAUGUGGGACUUUCUGAUAAUUCUUAAUGAUUUAUAAUACUCAAGUGUUGUGCUGUGACUUUUUUAUCUUGGAACCUGGUUUUGGGACAUAACUCAUAAGUCAGUACUUGUUACAUCAUUAGGAUUUCAUGACACUCUUAGUUGAUGCAUUGUAUUUUGGCCUGUUUGUUUGUAGCAGCGUUUAACCAACAUUACAAUGAAACGUGAGUUUCGGAUUUGAUGAUUUUUGUGCUGGUUCAAGAAAGGAAAAAAUUAAGGGGUUUUAUAACAGUUUUUAUAACCUUAACCGUAGUUUUUAAACUCUAGAGUUUACUCAUAAUCAUACAAGUUUAUGACUCCUAGAUUAUAAAUAUAAAAUUGUAUAUGUAUAAACUCAGGUAAAUUCGUUUAGCCUCAAAUAGACUUGAGAGUUUUACAAUGACACUGACUGAGUGAUUUUUUUGAAACCCAAAUUAUAACAACCUAAUAAUAAGACUUUGUUAUGUACAAAACAUUAACUUCAUAGUUGUAGCACUCAACUCCAUAAAAGCAUCCAACAUCCGAGCAUGAACCCAUAUGCAAUGGAGGUAAACGAUGUUGUAGUGAGUCUCAACCUCAUAGCUUCAACACAUACAGAGUCAUGGACCAUAAAGCAUGAACAAACUCAUCAUUGCAAAUUUGCAAUGAACCCAACAGAACAGUGAGUUGAAUGAACCCGACUCUGAUGUGUUGACACUUGAAAUAUAGCUCUACUGAGCUAAAUCUAGCUCUCCAGUGAGAUGUUGGGCUUUGUGUUCUAGUCUCACGAGUUUACAAAUAUUGACUUGAGAAUUUCACAUACUUUACCGAAGAGCCUUUUUUCACGUGUGAAAGGCAAGGAACACUUCAAAAUAGUUGUUGCACUAGUGUUCAAUAGUUGUUGCACUAGUGUUCAAUUCCAUACUUCCUCAAAUACCAUUAUAACUCGUAGUCUGCAAUCUGCAUCCUUCAGUGCUGUUUUUAUAUAAUAGUUAUACUAAUAUUGGUGGACAUUGAGGUUUUUGUCUUAUUUGAAGAUUUGUGGUUUCAUGUUUAUCUUGUAUUAAUUUCAUAUGUUGUACUAUAGUAAUGUUGUGUCCUACGAAUCAUGAUCUAGAAUUUAGAUAUUUUUUUAAACGACCAAUGUUAGUAUUUAGUUGUUAGGUUAGUAUUUUGUUCCUUCACUAGGGUUUGAAUGCAGGUCCUUCUAUUCCUUUAACCCUUAACUCAAACCAGUUAAGCUAUCCACCCCCAUCUAGAAGUUAUCGUAUUCAUGUGGACAUGCUAUAUUGUAUUUCUUUGUGGUGUCAUAUUUGUAGCUGUGCUAUGCCUUUGUUAUUAUCCAACAAAGAGGAAUAAGGUUAUUAUUGUGUGAGAAACAACAAAAGAAAAGUAGAGAGAAGAGUGAAAAUAUGCAGCAACAACACCAUUCCCGCAGCAGCAUUUUCUGCUCAAAUCAGUCCCAGUAAAUUGCAGAUCUCUCACAAUUUAACCGUUGGAUCGUCCUGAAACUUUGACACAAUGUUCAGGACGCAUAGGAGCACAUUUUGACCAUUGUGAUUUGGAUUUGGAGCUUUCUAAGCCAGUCUGUCGAGUCAUUUUCUGAGGUACGAAAAUAUGGUUUUUGGGUUGUUUGUCUCUCUUGAUUCUUGUUGUAUUCCAAGAUUGGUUGUAGAUCUUGAUGAUGUUUAUGUAUACCUCUAACUAGUGUUGGAGAGAACUUGUUUGUAUCCAUUGUUGAUUAUAGUGGAGAUUUAAAGUGGCCUAAAGAUCCCGUGAUUUUUUACUCCUAGUUAACGGAGGUUUUUCCAUGCUAAAAUUGUGUUGUGUUGUUUUGGUGUGUUUUGUUAAUUUUUCGUUGCAUUUAGUAUUUGGGAGAGAUUGAAUUGUUCCGUUGCGUUUGUGGUUUUCUCCCAACAUGAUAUUCGUGAGUUAUAAAAGAACCGGCAAUUAAAAUUUCCAGAACAAUAUGUUAUAAAUGUAUUAUCUUUUGAAUUUGAAAGUUACCAAAAUCUAGUAAGUUUUUCUACAAUCUAAUCAAGACAUCGAAAGAUAUACUCAAAAAAAAAAUCUUCCUGUUCCUGUCCUAAAAAACUACCUUAAUAUCGGCAUGAAAGUUGAAACCAUAAUCUCAAUUAAUUCUCAAGUGCCAUUAACAUGUGGAU